AUGAGGUGGUCAAUACCAUGGCAGGAAGGAAUUAUUUCCAUCCAUGCAAUCCAUCACACUAAAGCAUGUGGAUCAUCUAACUGUGUCCAUAUUGAGCUUCAGUACUCCAAGAAGAACAGUCACAAUGAAACAGAGUUGAUCUCCCAAAGGAGCAAUACCAAAUCUUCCAGACAAAAGAAAGCAAAGAGCAAAGGGAAGAAGACAAAGAAGAAAAGAGAAAAAAACAAGAGCGAUCAUGGUGCCGCAGGAGGCCCAUGGCUAGAGAAGCUGCACAUGUGUGAUAAUUCCAUUGAUGGCUCAGGAAAGGAGGAACUAAAUCAAUUUCUGGAGAUCCUUUGCAUUAUAGUUAAGUUCUCCAGUUGCCUGACCGAACUGGAUCUCGGUGAGAAUCACAUUGGAGAAGAUGGCGCAAAAGUGUUUUUAGAGGCCCUGAGAGAAAGACAAGCAACUAAACUAUCUCCAAUAAAAAUCCAGGUUUCAACACGCAUCUCCACAGAAACAUUCAGGGCCAUUUUGAAAAGUGCAAAGGAGCUUAAAUCUGGGAAAAAGAGAAGAAAGACUAAGGGAAAAAAGUAGUAGUCUGUCUGGAGGACAUUGAAGAAUAUCGCUGAAUGACACAAUAAUGUUUUUCUACACUGUUUCUCCAUGUUUUCAAUUUGUCAAAACAGUUUUUU